AUGGGAACUCUCAUCCGCAGCCCACACCUCAACAGCAACGCUCUUUGUUUCAAAUGCCUAAACUCAUUCGCCCGCUCUAGAAAUGUUCUGCUCUUUAAUCCGGCGAAACCCAUAAACGAAUUCAGGAGAUUUAAGACAAUAGUUUGUUCGGCCGCUGAAGACUCUCCCAACAAGCAGCGCGAAAUCAAUGGCGGCAGUUUAAAUGGCGCUGGCCCCGCUGUUGAAGACAAACUCGAUGCGAGUGAUGAAGUGUUACAAAAUCCUUUUCUGAACAAUGACUCAGAUGACGGAGGAAACUCUAUUUAUAAUUUUCUCUAUCCGAGUAAAGAGCUCCUCCCAGAUGACAAAGAAAUGAGUAUAUAUGACCAUUUAGAGGAGUUGAGAGAGAGAAUCUUUGUGUCGGUUUUGGCCGUAGGAGCUGCUAUGGUUGGUUGUUUUGCGUUUUCUAAGGAGCUCAUCAUGUUUCUUGAAGCUCCAGUUAAAGCGCAAGGGGUCCGUUUUUUGCAGUUAGCCCCUGGAGAAUUUUUCUUCACAACCCUUAAGGUAUCAGGAUAUUGUGGGCUUCUGUUAGGAAGCCCCGUAAUUCUGUAUGAGAUCAUAGCUUUUAUUCUUCCAGGGCUAACAAAGGCAGAGAGAAGAUUUCUGGGGCCGAUCGUCCUUGGGUCCUCGAUCCUUUUCUAUGCUGGCAUCACAUUCUCUUACUAUGUUCUUACGCCGGCAGCAUUGAAUUUCUUUGUUAGCUAUGCAGAAGGUGUAGUUGAAUCAUUGUGGUCCAUUGAUCAAUACUUCGAGUUUGUCCUUGUCCUCAUGUUAAGUACCGGGUUGUCUUUCCAGGUCCCAGUAAUACAGCUUCUUCUUGGACAACUUGGGCUAGUCUCGUCAGACCAAAUGUUGUCUAUAUGGAGAUAUGUGGUGGUUGGUUCAGUAAUAGCGGCUGCUAUACUCACCCCCUCGACCGACCCUCUUACUCAAAUGCUCCUGGCGGGCCCACUCAUGGGCCUGUAUUUGGGUGGUGCCUCAAUGGUUAAGGCUUUAGGCCGCUGA